GAUAAUUAUGUGGUCACACUGAUCCCAACCUUACUUUUUCAUUUGGGAUCCCCAAAAAGCGAUAAAAAAUCGCGAUUGCUUUAGCAAUAGAGCGAAGAAAUUGUAAGAAAAGACCAAGUGGUUACUAAAUAGCAGAUUGGCGUUGGAAAAUGUCUUGCGCCGCAACUUUGUCUGCGGCUAAAGACACAACAAAUGCUGCAAAUGCCAGCGGAGCACCAACGUCGGGCACCUCAUCGACAGCAGCUGUGGGUGUGGUAGUGAGCAGUGGUGGUGCUGGUAACGUUGCAGCGGUUGCAGGUGGCACGACGGCGUCCACAGCAGCAGCUGGCGGUGGUGCAAGCGCCGGUGCCAGCUCAGCGGCUGCCGUCGCCAGACGCUUCUCCAUGGAGGGCGUCGGGGCACGGGUCAUUCGCGGUCCGGACUGGAAGUGGAACAAACAGGACGGCGGCGAAGGUCACGUUGGCACUGUCCGCAACUUUGAGUCCGCCGAGGAGGUGGUCGUUGUCUGGGACAAUGGCACCGCUGCCAACUACCGCUGCGCUGGGGCCUACGAUCUGCGUAUCCUGGACAGUGCUCCGACCGGCGUGAAGCAUGAGGGCACCAUGUGCGACACCUGUCGCCAGCAGCCCAUCUUCGGCAUACGCUGGAAGUGCGCCGAGUGCAUCAAUUACGACUUGUGCUCGAUUUGCUAUCACGGCGACAAGCAUCAUCUGAGGCAUCGCUUCUAUAGGAUUACGACCCCGGGCGGGGAGCGCACAAUGCUGGAGCCGCGUCGCAAAUCGAAGAAGGUGCUGGCCAGGGGCAUCUUUCCGGGCGCCCGUGUGGUGCGUGGCGUCGACUGGCAGUGGGAGGACCAGGACGGUGGCGUGGGACGCCGCGGAAAGGUGAAUGAGAUCCAGGAUUGGUCCUCGGCAUCGCCCCGAUCGGCAGCCUACGUCAUCUGGGACAAUGGCUCCAAGAAUCUCUAUCGCGUUGGCUUCGAGGGCAUGGCCGACCUGAAGGUCGUCAACGAUGCCAAAGGCAGCAAUGUCUAUCGGGAUCACCUUCCGCUGCUGGGGGAGAAUGGGCCCGGCAAAGGACCCCACGGCUUCCAGAUUGGGGAUAAAGUCACUGUGGACUUGGACCUGGAAAUUGUCCAGUCCCUGCAGCACGGCCACGGCGGCUGGACAGACGGCAUGUUCGAGUGCCUGAGCAAUGCCGGCAUGGUCGUCGGCAUCGACGAGGAUCACGACAUUGUGGUGGCCUACAACUCUGGCAAUCGGUGGACCUUCAAUCCGGCUGUCCUCACCAAGGUCUCAUCGCCGACCACCGCCCCACCAGAGUUCCAGGUGGGUGACAUUGUCAAGAUCUGCUCGGAUGUGGAGAGUAUCAAGAUACUUCAACGCGGCCACGGCGAAUGGGCCGAUGCCAUGCAGCUGACCCUCGGCAAGAUUGGACGCGUCCAGCAGGUGUACCACGACAAUGACCUCAAGGUGGAGGUGGGCAACACAUCCUGGACGUACAACCCGCUGGCCGUCUGCAAGGUGGCCUCCUCCACGGCCGACGGCAACUGUGCCCCGGUCAUACCCAGUGGCGAGCGGCUUUCGGCCAUUCUUAAGAAGCUAUUCGAACCGAAUAUCUCGGGCGAUGCCACCGAGGAGUUUGUCAAGGCGGCUGCCAAUGGAUUUGCGGCCCGCUGCGAGGAGUACUUGGCUGGAGCUGCUGCUGGACAACAGCCCUCCACAUCGAGCGCCUCGCCCAGCGCCGCUGGACCAGAUGUGAAUGUGAACGGGGUGUUUGCCGGUCACACGGCCCUCCAGGCAGCCAGCCAGAAUGGUCAUACCGAGGUCAUACAAGUGCUCCUUCGUCACGCCGUCGAUGUGGAAAUCGAGGACAAGGAUGGCGACCGGGCCGUCCAUCAUGCGGCCUUUGGCGAUGAGGCGGCUGUCAUUGAAAUUCUGGCGAAGGCUGGAGCCGAUCUGAAUGCGCGCAACAAGCGGCGGCAGACCUCCCUCCACAUAGCCGUCAACAAGGGGCACUUGAAUGUGGUGAAGACGCUCCUUACACUUGGGUGUCAUCCGAGUCUGCAGGAUUCCGAGGGCGAUACGCCGCUGCAUGAUGCCAUCUCGAAGGAGCACGAUGAGAUGCUAUCGCUGCUGCUGGACUUUGGGGCGGACAUAACGCUCAACAACAACAAUGGCUUCAAUGCACUCCACCAUGCCGCUCUAAAGGGUAAUCCCAGCGCCAUGAAGAUACUGCUGACCAAAACGAAUCGCCCCUGGAUUGUGGAGGAGAAGAAGGACGAUGGCUAUACGGCCCUGCAUCUGGCCGCCCUUAACAAUCACGUGGAGAUCGCCGAACUGCUGGUGCACAUGGGCAAGGCCAACAUGGACAGGCAGAAUGUAAACCUUCAGACGGCCCUCCAUCUGGCCGUGGAGCGGCAGCAUGUGCAGAUUGUCAAGCUGCUCGUGCAAGAUGGCGCCGAUCUGAACAUACCCGAUAAGGAUGGGGACACGCCCCUGCACGAGGCACUGCGCCAUCACACGCUCUCGCAGCUGAAGCAGCUCCAGGAUGUGGAGGGAUUCGGCAAGCUUCUAAUGGGCCUGCGCAAUGCCAACAACAAGAAGGCGUCGGCCUCGAUUGCCUGCUUUCUGGCCGCCAAUGGAGCAGAUCUGACCCUCAAGAAUCGCAAACAGCAAACGCCAUUAGAUCUUUGCCCAGAUCCGAACCUCUGCAAGACCCUCGUCAAGUGCUACAACGAGCGCAAGACCGAUGACUCGGAGUUGCCCGGAAAUGUGGCCGGCACCAGCCUGAAUGCCAGAGCCAGGGCAGCAGCUGGUGGCGGUGCCAGCGGCGGCGGUGGAGGCCCCGCGGCUAUCAUGCAUCAAUCGUCUUCGGCCAGCCUGCCGCCAGCUCCAGCGGCAUCCGCCUCCGCGUCGUCUUCAUCGUUCGGCCUGAAUGGCCUCAACUCGGACAUGAGCCAGUCCCUCCACGUGGAACCUUUGAAGACCGGGGGAACCAGUCUGGAGGAGUGCAUGGUCUGCUCGGACGCCAAGCGGGAUACGGUCUUCAAGCCCUGCGGCCACGUCAGCUGCUGCGACACGUGUGCCCCCCGCGUGAAGAAGUGCCUCAUCUGCCGCGAGACGGUCUCCUCCCGCGAGAAGAUUGACGAGUGCAUGGUCUGCUCCGACCGACGGGCGGCCGUCUUUUUCCGCCCCUGCGGCCACAUGGUGGCCUGCGAACACUGCAGUGUUCUCAUGAAGAAGUGCGUCCUCUGUCGCACCCAAGUGGACGAGAUGCUCUCCUUCAGCCUCUGCUGUGGCGGCAUUGGGCGGCCAGAGAAGGUCACAUCUAACGCCGCAGUCUCUCAGCUCAUCUGCCAACUGCCAGAAGUUGGGGAGAAGUUCAUGGAGGCAUCGGCCAUACCAUGCGUGAACACCUCUGGCCACAGCGUAGCCAUGAACAACACGGUGGUGACGCCCGUGGCAGGCAGCAGCAAUCAGUUGAAUAGCCAAAACAAUCUGCUGGUCGCUGCUGCGGCUGCUUCCUCAAAUCUCGCGGCUUCCAGUGGCAUGGUGGCCCCAUCCAAUGUCAACAAUUUCCAAAUGGACGAUGUGCAGAAGCUCAAGCAGCAGCUGCAGGACAUCAAGGAGCAGACCAUGUGCCCCGUUUGCUUUGAUCGGAUCAAGAAUAUGGUCUUCCUGUGUGGCCAUGGCACCUGCCAGAUGUGCGGUGACCAGAUCGAGGGCUGCCCCAUCUGCCGCAAGACGGUGGAGAAACGUAUCCUGCUCUUCUGAAGCCGAAGCCCCUUUCCGGUUUCUCUCGUA